AUGGCGCCCCCGACCUCAACCGAAACCGCACCCCCCAUCACUCUCCAAGCCCGCCAGUCCACCCAGGAAGCCGGCGCCAGUAAAGCCAAAGUGAAGAUGAACAUCCCCAGACCGCCCGUAUUCGAAGACAAGAUGAAAGAGCGUGAAUAUCUCAAAGGUCGACUCGCAGCGGCGUUCCGUAUCUUCGGAAAGAAUGGAUACGAUGAGGGAGUGGCCGGCCACAUCACCCUUCGCGACCCCGUCGACCCAAGCACGUUCUGGGUCAAUCCAUUCGGCGUCGCCUUCUCUCAGAUCAAAGCCUCGGACUUGAUCCUGGUCAACCAUGCCGGGGAGGUCAUCGACGGCGGACCCUGCCGAUUACUCAACGCCGCCGCGUUCAUGAUCCACUCGGCCAUCCACGCCGCUCGCCCGGAUGUCAACUGCGCCGCUCACAGCCACAGUCUGCAUGGUCGCGCCUUUUGCAGUCUUGGUCGGCCAUUGGAUAUUAUUACGCAGGAUGCGUGUGCCUUUUACAAUGAUCACGUUGUCUACAAGCAAUUCAACGGUAUCGUCCUCGCCGAGGAAGAAGGCAAGAAUAUCGCCGCAGCCCUGGGCGAGAAGAAGGCGGCGCUGUUACAGAAUCAUGGUCUCUUGACGGUCGGCAAUACGAUCGAGGAGACGGUGUUUUGGUUCGUGAGCUUGGAGAAGUGCUGUUAUGCACAGUUACUGGCUGAUGCGGCGGCCGCUGGACGAGGAGGACAGACCAUUAAGGUGGAUGAUGCCGAUGCGGCCUUCACGUAUAAAUCUGUCGGUACGCCGUUGGCGGGGUAUUUCAGCGCGAAACCGCUGUUUGAUGUUAUUCAUGAAGAGACGAAGGGCAGUUAUUUGAAUUAG